ACGGGAAAGGAACAGGAGUGAUCGUCUAUUUUCUCAUCACAUAAACGUACUGCGUUUCUACUUUCUAGUGGAGAAGGAAAAGACAAUUUUCUCGUAACCUUCCGGGCUCCUCUUCCUCUCCUCGCGUUCCCCCACCAAACCCUAAUCCGAGCACCCAGCCCCUACCCGCUUCCGCUCGCGCCGGCCUUUGGGGCUCUCACCCUGAGCGGUAGGAAUCCGCAGGGCUCCGGUUGGGUGCCAGAAGCAUCCAAGUCGUUGGCGGGAGACCGGGAAAUGGCGGAAAAAGAGGGGGCGAAGGUUGGGGCGGAAGAGAUGGAAGAGCGGGAGCAGGAAGGGGAGGCGGAGGAGGUGGAGGUGAAGUUUCGUCUCUUCGACGGCUCCGACAUCGGCCCCGUGCGCUGCAACGCCGCCACCACCACCGUCGCCGCUCUCAAGGAUCGCGUCGUCGCCGACUGGCCCAAAGAUAAACAAAUUAUCCCAAAGACUGCUAGUGAUGUAAAACUAAUAAGUGGCGGCAAAAUUCUAGAAAAUGACAAGAAUGUUGCACAGUGCAGAGCUCCUUUUGGCGAUCUUCCCAGUAGUGCUAUCACGAUGCACGUUGUUGUUCAACCAUCAUCAGCCAAAUCAAAACCAGAUUUCAGAAGCAUAUUAUAUCCACAGAGAUGUAUGUAGUCUGUUGAUGCAACACAACUACAUACCAAGUACCUACAGAGCAGGCAACACUAAGGCAUAGAAGGAUUUAAUGAUAUGCCUCUGAAAUUUGUGGAGGAGCAGAGGAGUAAGUAGGCUAUCUGGCUACAUAGGAGCAGAGGAGGAAGGACUGAAGGAGUACAGAGGAGGAAGAUGACAGGGAGAAAAUGAGAGAGGAGCAGGGGAGAGCGGAGGGGAAGAGAACAGGGGAUUUUGCCCUGGGCUUCAGGUCAUGAUGAUUGGCAGUGAGGAGGUCCAGCCUUGGGUUAUGGCUCAACGUCAUGCACGAGGAACAAGUCAUAGCAGCCACUGGGGAGGAACUGCAACACGAUGCCAGGGAUGGUGUCUGGCGGGCGACGGGAACAGAUCGAGGAGCAGCACCUGGGCAGGAGCAUGGAUAUGAAAUUGGUCAACGGUAUGGUGAGGGAUUGUCUAUUUGUCUCCCUUGCAGCUUGCCACACUUUAUCCUUCCCGUGUAUUGGCUUUCUUUUCCCAUGAUUUGGUUUCGCCUGCGUGCUCAUUCGCCCGCCAAAAAUUGACCCAUCGCGCAGGUCUGAUUGCUUCCUCGCUGCCUCAUUCGCCAUCCCCAUGUGGCUGUAUGCCACUCUGCUUACCCCCCUAAGUUACAAGAACAAUAAAGCCAUUUUGUCUCAAGUAAGUUUUAGUCCCAACUAAAAGUUGAGGUAGGCUAGAGUUGAUACCCAACAUAAAUCACAAGUCAAGGUGUUCAGGCACAUAGAUAUUGUUUUGUAUGCACUCUUAUUUAAGGCCAAAGAUUCUAACAAGUCCUCUCCCCGUGUCAACUUCUGUUUUCUCACGUCUCUCUUUACAUUGCUAUUCUGCUUUAGGAUCCCACUAUACACCGAUGUCUUUGGAGAUUUUCGUUGGACAUAUCCAAAACAUCAUAAACGGUGUUGCUACCCCUAGCUAAUCACGUAUAUCAUCGUUCUGGUCUUGAUCUGUUGUGUUGUAAAAAAAUCCAAAGCAAUAUAAGCAUUUUCGCAACAUCUAUAUUCUAAAAAUGUCAUUUUUAGAUCAACCUUAUAUCGAUAUAGCAGUUCUAAUCGUUGACUUACAGAACUUGCGUUUGGUACCUCUUGUCACAUAGAACAAACACAUGACGCUAUUGUAUCCACACUUUUGAUUUUAUGGUUAGCAUCUUCAUCAAUAUCUUCGUCUCUUAGUAGCUUUGGUCCUAAAUGUAUCCGAAAUAUACCCUUGGCAUUGACAUUACUUGACCUUCCAAACUAACAUUUUUUUCUCACGUGAAUUAGUGCCGAAGUGACAUCUGACAUAUAAUUAGUUUAGUACUACUUGAGUCGCAUUUCAUUAAAAACUAAGGGCUUGUUUGAAUGCAUUAGAGCUAAUAGUUAGUUGGCUAAAAAAUCCAGGUAAAAUUAGCUAGCUAACAAAUAGAUAACUAACUAUUAGCUAAUUUGUUAAAAGUAGCUAAUAGCUCAACUAUUAGCUAGACUGAUUGAAUGUUUUCAGCUAAUUUUAGCAGCUACCUAUUAGCUCUAGUACAUUCAAACACCCCCUAAGUUAGCCUUUCACAAAACAGGAGGAACAUUGUGUCGCUAAUUCUGGAAAUUUGGAUGCUGUUGUUUACAUUUUUCUUGUGCAAUUGAAGUUUUUGAUUAAGUUGAAUCAUCAAAACUUUGUAAUUAAGUAGGCAAUUCAUGGUAAUCUAAUACCUUGAAUGUUGCUACCUCGGUUACUCUUUUC